AUGUUUUUUACUACAACCACAAUAUUUUACGGCUAUUACAAACCGUUUACAAAUUUUUUUACGUUUUUCCCCGGUAACCAACCGGUUCGCCCCCGCCCUAACUUUAACCGUUACCGAAGGUUUUUUUUUAAUUACCCAAAGGUUAUAAAACCUUUCUUGUUCCGGUUCGAUACAAUUUUUUCGGGCGUUCCUAACAAUCCUUAA